UGCCAACUCUGUUAAAUGUUUUGCACCAGAAAAUAUUUACUCCAAACGGAAAUCGUUUUGCAACAAAAACAAGUUUCUAUUGGACAAAUUCGGAAGAAGCAGGUCAUCAAAAAGACCAAAACAGGUGGCAAGAAGAAGAAGCAGGUCCUGAAGUUCACCCUGGACUGCACUCACCCAGUGGAGGAUGGCAUCAUGGAUGCUGCCAACUUUGAGCAAUUCCUGCAGGAGCGCAUCAAGGUCAACGGUAAAGCUGGGAACCUGGGUGGUGGUGUGGUGUCCAUUGAGAGGAGCAAGAGCAAAAUCGCUGUGAAUUCUGAAGUGCCCUUCUCCAAAAGGUAUUUGAAAUAUCUGACCAAGAAGUACCUGAAGAAGAACAACCUGAGGGACUGGCUGCGUGUGGUGGCCAACACCAAGGAGAGUUACGAACUGCGCUACUUCCAGAUCAACCAGGAUGAGGAGGAGGAGGAGGACGAAGAUUAAAUCCAUGCCACUGUCUUUUGUCAAUAAAAUUUCAAAGGAA